CUUCUUGUUGCCAAAGUAGCCGGUAAACCCUAUCUAUGGUUCGACCAGGUCUUGACCAGCCGAAUCAGGCUCAUCCUCAGGGUGACGGAAACAACAAGGCACAUAUUCAGCCAAACAUACCAACGGGUAUACCGGUCGAUAACCAAACACAAAACCGUUGGAAUUCCGAUAUAUUCGACUGCAUGAACGACAGUGAGAACGCUGUGAUAACAUUUAUAGUUCCGUGCGUCACGUUUGGACAGAUCGCUGAAAUUGUUGACGAAGGCGCGACAACUUGUGCGAUUGGUGGGGUGUUGUAUGGAGCGAUAUUUCUAACUUUGUUCCCGUCCGUGUACUCAUCCCUAUUCCGGGCCAAGAUAAGAAACAAAUACGGGUUACCGGAUGCUCCAGCUCCAGAUUGGCUCACUCACUUAUUCUGUGAGCCUUGUGCUCUUUGUCAAGAGUAUCGUGAGCUCAAACACCGUGGUUUUGACCCCAAAAUUGGGUGGGCUAUGAAUGUGCAAGCACAACAGCAAGAGAUGAUGGCUCCUCCAACAGGUCAACGAAUGAUGGGUUGACUUUGAUGGGUUAACUUAAAAGGAAUGUUUGUUCUAUUUUAUCACAACAUGAUUCAAAGAAUGAUUUUUAAAUUUGUCUUUUUGCUACUUUUUUGUAAUAUGGCAAGUGUCUAAUACGGUAAACAACUCUUUUAUUUA